UCCUGAGGUUAUGUUGGCUGUUUUUAAACUUGUGAGGGAAAGAGGUCUGAUCAACAUGGUCCCUGAGCUCAUUCUCCUCACCUCAAAGAUCGUUGAGGCAGGAUGUGUAUUCAGUGUGGAUCAGUGUGAGGUCAUGCAGAGUCAUCUUCAAAUGAUGCUGGUUCCUAGACAGCAGAUGGACAUUUUCCUUGCUGUUAAAUGCAGAGCUCUGGCGACUAACCCUCACACAUCUGAGCUGUCAGAUCUGGCCCAGGCUGUUGUUAGAGUUGAGAUGCUGAAGCAUCAGGAUGACUGGGCUGGAUUGGCACUGGUAUUCUGUGGUGUUUGUGUGGGUUCACACAGUCCCCCAGAACUUCUCAGGUUCUGCUGCUGCGUUACCAUGGCGCUGCUGAAAGAGCCCAAAGACAAACUCACCCUACCAUAUGAGCUGUUUGCUGAAUCAGUGUGUCAGCAAGCCUUGUCUAAUGAAAUGAUCAAAACCAUCCUGGGAAGAAUUGGAGUCUCUCUGAUCUUCAGGUACCACAGGACACAAGAGUGGAAUAAGGGAGUGAAGCUGGUCAGUGUGAUGUUCAGACUGCACAUCGAGUUCAUCACUCUGAAGGGGAUUAUGGGGAAUGAACACGGGGUGUCUCGCUGUCAACUGGUCACUAUGGCAACAGAGCUCUUCCUUUACAGCGGGAGUAUUGAGGGAGCUUUGAAAAUGCUGAGAGCUGAUGAAUGGUUUGUGAGCUCAAGCAUGUGGCCUUGUGAGCAGGCUGACAUAGAAAGCCGAAAACAUAUCCUGACCCUCUUAGCUGGAAAGACAUCGCACAGAGACACCUUAGAGAUUCUUACCAACUUACCUGGACUCAGACAACCGAUAAAUGGUGUGCAGAUCAAUGACUAUACUGAAAUGUUCAGUGUUCAUCUGCGCUUGUGUGUGAUAAAGCAGACAUUACCUGUUGCAGCAGAUAUUGUUGAGUUCAUGCUAAUACAUGGUAUGGUGCCUGAAACUCUUCAGCUACAGAAUCUCAUCCAUAAACUGGGCAAGCAGAACAACUGGAGCCGUGCCAGGGCCCUUUUUAAACGUGCUCGGUCAGCAGGGUUUUACACUGCAGUGGUGUGCGAAAGAGACAGCCUGUUUCUGCCGUGUAGUCUCACCGAAAUUGAGAUGACGCUGGCCUUUGAGAUGUUCAUCACCUUUAUUAAUACCAACCUACUGGCCCCUGCUGGAUCCUCUCAGUCACUUCUAAUUACACUGAGACGGCAUGCUGGUGUCGAGGAUGUAACGGAGAGUGUGUACUUGGCGGCCGGUUGUCGUCUCCUCUCUGCGGCUCUCAUACCAAACCCCAAAUUGAGCAUCCGCUACACAGCUGUCAAUCAAAGCCAAGAGCAACUGUUUCAACUGGACCGUGGGUCUGCCCACAAAUGGUUUUUACAGAAUGAGCGGUGGGCACAAGAGAUUUGGGCAAGCUAGCACACACACACAUGCUUGUAAACAGUCCCAGAUGUAACAAAUGUCUCAAAGUCUGGUCAAAGUUUAAUUCAUGUUUUGGACUGUUGAAACUGAGACUUUUUGAAACUGGUUGCACAUUUUUUUUUUUUUUUGUGGUUGUUUAUAUAUUUUGUUGUUUAAAAUGUUGUAAAACAAGACUGUUUUGUUUUGAGUAAAAAGAUAAACAAAGUUUUCAUAAUAUUUAGUUUCAUGUUCUUAACAAUUAAAAAAAUCCUGGAACUUUCAAGAAAUCUAGAGAUUUACAUCUGAGGCUACAAACUCCUGUGAGAAAAAAAUUAAAUAAAAUUGGCCCAAAUAUAAACAAAUUUUCUAAAAUAGUGUUGCCAUUGUGAAUAUUUCCAUUAUUUUCUACUAAAAACUUGACAAAACAGUUUUUGAAAGUUACUUUCACUGUUACCGUUUGUCUUGCCAAUUAGAAACUGUCAAAUACAUUUUGUGAUUAGUGUAAAUCAUAUGACCGCAGUAGCUCUGAAAAGCACUUGUGUACAAUAAUAUGAAAGACAUUCCAUCAUUGGAUACAAUUUUUUUCUUGUUCUGUGAUGUGCACGUCUAAGUUUGUUCAGUUUAACUGAAAAAAGUAUUACAAAUAAAUUGAAAAUUAAUACAAUA